AUGGGCCAGAGUGCAUCGAGAGAGGAGCUGAUACGUCACGCCGCGAAGCACGGCAACACGUCAGCCAUCCGAGAGCUGGCGUCACGUGGAAUCAGCGUCAACUGUGUGGAUUCCAAGGGUCGCACGCCCUUGAUUCUCGCCAGCAGCCGGGCAGAGGGGUUUGAGGCUGUAAAAGUUCUGUUGCAGAUGGGCGCUCUCGUCCGCGCCUACUCUAAAGGUCCGGGAGGGGGCACGGCCAUUCACUAUGCGGCUCGCAAGCAGCUAGAUGCCACGGUGAAGCUGCUGCUGGACCAUGGAGCGGACCCCCUUUUCCCCAACGACGAUGGAAAAACCGCUCUGGACCUGGCGAGAGACAGAAAUGCAACCGCUAUCGUCCGACUCAUAGAGAGCCGGGUGGCAUUGUUUGAGGGCUAUGUGCGCCAGCAGACCCUCUCGGCGCCGUCGCUAGUCAAAGCCUUUAUCCCGCAAUGGGUGUACCGGAGAAUCUGGGUGGCAGUGCUUCCUGGGCCCACCAUGAGUGACGGACGCCAGACAUUCCGCCUCGCUCUCUACCCAUCCAUGGCUUUUGGCACUCCUUACUUCGACAUUGCACUGCACGUGUGCUGCAUUCACAUGACCAAGCUGGACUCCGCCAACCCUGUACUCGUUAUAGAGGACCCCGUUCAUGAGAAGGGCAAGUGGAAGUUUGUGAGUGACAAGGACUCACCCGACCCAUCCCAGAUAUUCCGCUUGCACGACGCCUGCCGCGGAAUGCCACGUACGCAUCCCACCAUGUACCCCCAACCUCCCACCGCUCCUGCUGCUGCCGCAUAUGCCGCUCCUGUCGCUCCCACGUAUGCUGCUCCUGCUGCUACUGCAUAUGCUGAUCCCUGGGGGGCCUACUACACGCAGCAGCAGGCGCAGCAGCAGCAACAGGCAUGGCAGCAGUAUCAGUAUCAGCAGCAGCAGCAGCAGCAGCAGGGGGGUGUUCAGGCGCAGCUGCAGAGGGAGCGGGAGGGAUGGCGUCAGGAUCAUGGGAGUCCAGCGGUGUGGUGA